AUGACUACCACACCUCCACCUCUUACACCACUACAGCAAUUUUUACAAGCCAAUCCAUUCCCUCUAACAUACUUCGACUUUGCUGCCGCUCUUGAAGAAGGACAAAAAAAGAAAAUUGUCGGAUAUUAUUAUGCUAACGAAUAUACUCCUAAGCUUGUUCAACAAGUUCUUGAAACCUCGGGAUUUAAGAAAUCUGAUUCUCCAAAGGACUCAGAAGUAAUUGUUGGAUCAAAACCAAAGCCAGAAUUUUUCGAUAACAUCAAAAUAACCCAAAGAGUUGCACAUUUCAGCAAAGAAUUCGCAAUCGGUACAAAAACCGGAUUCCACAAGCACAUUCUUCAAUACCAAUCCAAGCAAGAUACAAGUUUCCCGUGCUACUUACAAACGUUUAUCCUUCCAGAUCAAAUAAACGAAUUCAAAGAGAAUGCUGGGACUGGCCUUUGGAUACAAAAGCCAGUUGGAAGAUCACAUGCUCGCGGAAUCAAGUUAAUUAAAGGAGUUCCUGAAUUACCACCUGGUUCUCGUGUUGUUGUUCAAAAAUACGCUCAAUAUCCUAUCUUGAUAGAUAACCAUAAGUUCGAUAUACGUGUUUACGCGUUAGUUCUUUCUCUUGAUCCAUUAUUAAUUUACAUUUACAAUGAUGGUCUUGUCCGUAUUGCAGAAGCUCAAUGGAAUGACUCAAAUCUUGAUCCAAAGAUCCAUAUUACCACAGGACCAAACUGCAAAGUUGAGAAUUUCACAAGAUUAUGGCAAGCUCUUGAAGCUUCGAAGAUUGAUCCAGCGACAAUUCGUUCCAGAAUGGAAGACAUCAUUAUCGGUAUCAUUUGCACUGCUCGUGAUGAGUUAAUUUCCCAAAAGAACCAUAAAUCAUGCUUCGAGUUAUACGGAUUCGAUUUCCUUCUUACUCUUGAUGGAAACAUCUACUGCCUUGAGGCGAACGUUACUCCGUCAAUGAGUUUCCAGAGUCCAGAAGAAGAAGCUCUUAAAAAGCAGCUUCUUGUUGAUACUUUCAACUUGUCUUCACUACCAAAGGAAACACCAGAGCUCGAGAAGCUCUAUAAUACCAUCAAAGAAGCAGACAAUAAAGAUUUCACAGAUUUCAUGACAGUCUUAUUCUUUGAUCAGUACCAAAACCGCACUGGAAAUUAUCGCUGCAUCUUCCCAACACAAGCAAAGAAUGCUUCAUCUACUAAAUACCUUGAUCAGCCAACACAAGCUGAUUUAGCUCUUGCAUCAUGGGUUUCUACUCCAGAUGAGAAGAAACCUGAUAAGAUGAAGACAUAUACAAAAGUAUACUCCAAGGUUUAUUUUGUUUAA